GCUGUGGCAGUGGCUGCAAACCGUGUGUCUAUGAUGUGUAUCAGAAGGAGCUAGCCCAGUGGGAAGAAGCCAAAGCAAAGAAAGACAGAAGCCUCCUGACCAAACAGAAGGAGGAGUGCAAUUCCUGGUGCCACUACAGCAAGCUCACAUCACCUGAAGGUGAUAAAAUAAGGAUAAAGCUUGUUGGUGCAGGAGACAGAACUUUCUUCAGGGCCAGUCUGAGACUCGAAUGAAGUCACCCAGAAAAUUAAGGGCUAUCAUAAACUUCACCACCCUCCGGUCCCAGUGCAAGAGUAGUAAUUCAGAAUUAAAUCCAGAUACAUUUACUGCUUUCAAGAUAAGCUCUGUGGAACAGCUGACAGAGGACACCUACCAGUAUAAAUUUGAGCUGCCAGGAAAUAACAGCCUGGGAUUGAGUUUAGGACAACAUAUUGUGUUAAGAGGGAUGGUGAAUGGUUUGGAGGUUCAAAGAGCUUAUACUCCAGUUAGCCCUGUAAACGCUGAAGGAUACUUUGAAGUUUUAAUAAAAUGCUACAAGGCUGGGCUAAUGUCACAAUAUAUAAAAUCCUGGAUUGAAGGAGACACAGUCUUUUGGCGAGGGCCAUUUGGAGGCUUCCCAUAUAGCCCUAAUCAGUAUGGAGAACUUCUUAUGCUUGCCUCUGGAACUGGCAUAGCACCAAUGCUCCCCAUUCUCCAAUACAUAACAGAAAAUGAAGAUGAUGAAACCUUUAUAACCCUGGUUGGUUGCUUCCGGACUUUUGAAAAUAUUUACUUGAAACCUCUUCUCCAAGAUCAGUCUCGAUACUGGAACGUCAGAACAUGUUACGUCCUUAGCCAGGAAUCUUCCCUGGAAAAACUUCCUUGGAGCUAUCAAGAAAACACACACACUGGCCAUUUAACUGAGAACUUGAUUAAGAAAAUGAUAAAUUCCUGUAGAAGAAAGCCAUUUGUGCUGAUUUGUGGCUCAGUAGAAUUUAAUGAAGAUAUGACUAGAUGUCUGAAAGCCAUAGGACUCAAAGAGGAUUCCUAUUUUGUAUUUUAGCAGCAUGUUCCAGACCUGCUUCCUCUGAAAAGAAGUGCAGACCAAGCAUGCACCUGUUUGCCGUUUCCUAUGCAAACAUCAAUUUGAACUUGUCCUUUGACCUGUUUGGGUUUCUCAUGCAUAUAUUUUCAUAUGCUUUUGUAUAAAAUAUUUUAUACAGUGUCUUUAAUAUAAUUCUUACUAUAUUAUUUUAAAAAUCCCUAUAGGCCAGCUGACAAACCAUACCUGCCACAAUAACAUGGCACAGCCAGGAAAGAGAAGAAUGGUAGUGGAAGCAGUAACUCAGAAUUUCAUGAAAGAGACAUUUAGCAUUACUUUUACCUCAUUUUUUUGUGUCAUCACUUUCAUUUUGUGAAUAAAAAGGAGCAGGUAAGUAACUCUGCUCUGAUCUGUGCAUGGUUGUCACGGUACUAACAUCCUGAAAGCCAUUUAGGUCUACCGUGUCACUGUGCACUAUUGGGAACUCUUAAUCCAGAGGUUAUUGCCAUAAGGGACUUUAAAUGUAUGUCUACACUGCACAAAAGACCAGGCUUUGAUGCAGGUUUGAACCUGAACCCCAUUCCAAAUCAGUCUGAUUCAGGUCAGCAAGCACUCAGGACGCAGGUCCUAGGACCCUCAUAGGGCAGUGGGUCAGAGCCCGACUCCUUCUGUGACUCAAGUCCAAGCCCUCUCGUUUUGCAGUGUGAACACAGGUCAGACCACAGAUCCAAGUCAGAAGGUCUGCAUAGUGUAAUAGCAUUGAUGCGUUAACACGGCUGUGAGACCUGGAUCCAGCAAUUAUAAACACCGAGUCCAUGAGUCCGGGUCCCGCAGACCUGGGUUUACAAUGCAGUUAGACAUACCCUAAUACUUCUGGUCACUGGGCAUUUAUUAAGCCUUGCCCCAUGAUGUAUUGAUGCACUGGUAUGGGUUUGCACGGUGUACCGAAAAAAUGUAAAGUCCUUUAUCAUUUGUGUACAACACUUCACGUGGAGAAUAAAAAUGUAUCCUAAAAAUCUAUUUGAGAAAGUGUGUGCAUGAUGUUCUAGCUGUUGUUAAACCUCAGUUUCUCAGGGAUGAUGGUUAUUUGCUUUACCUGCUCCCAAGCAUUUUAUAGUCUCUAUUGUUUAUGAAACUGAAGCUAUUUUCAAGUUAGAAAAGCUAUUUCAUGGUGACUGCCUGACUUUUCCAUAGGCAGAGGGCUGCCAGAACUGACUUUCUGAACUUCCCAGGAACACUGCCUCAUAUCUGGAAUAAUGUUUGGAUUUUCCACAGGGCUGUUCUGGAACGCUCUAGCAUUGUGGGGGGAGGAAGGGGCCGUGCAUAGAGGCCUGCUAGGGCUGCACCUUACUAGCUGUUCCAGAGGUUACAGACAGGGCCGGCUCCAGCUUUUUUGCUGC